AAGGAGCUGUAUUGAAGUCUUGUUGAAUUAGCCAGUGAUUAGCCUCAACAAGUGGUUACUUACGCUGACAGUUCAAGAUGGAGGUCAUCUCUACAGUUGUCCAGCUGGCUGGAGGAGCUGUAGUGACCGCUGUUGCCCUGGCUGUGUCUGUAUACUACAUCAAACCAGCCUACAUCAUACAUUUCUUUCUGAGGUUGAAAACAUGGAAGGCGGGCUGUACCACCAAGUGUGUGAAAGUGGGGGAGUGCCAGUUUGCGUACAUGGAGAGAGGCCAGCCCAGCGAGAACCAACCAUCGCUGCUCUUCCUGCACGGGUUUGGAGACAGGAAAGAGAGUUUCUGUAACAUAAUCAUGCACCUGCCCAAACACCUGCACCUGAUAGCUGUAGACUUACCCGGACACGGAGAAACUGGCAUCAAGGCUAAGGCUGACCUGACUGUAACAGCCUUUGUUGCCAAGCUGCACCAGUUUGUCAGCGUGGUUGGCCUUGACCGUGGUGGACUCCAUGUGGUAGGACACUCCAUGGGGGGCGGCCUCGCUGGGUGCUACGCAGCGUCACAUCCAGGAGAAGUGUCUGUACUCACUCUGUCUGCUCCUGCAG